AUGGAUAUGUUUGAGGCAAACAAGACACUGGUGACUGAGUUUGUCCUCACAGGACUUACAGAUCUUCCAGGGCUGCAAGUCCCUCUGUUCCUGGUGUUCUUGGUCGUCUACCUCACCACCAUGGUGGGAAACCUUGGACUGAUUUUUCUCAUCUGGAAGGACCCCCAUCUUCACACCCCCAUGUACUUAUUCCUGGGCAGUUUAGCCUUUGCCGAUGCUUGUUCUUCAUCCUCUGUGACUCCCAGGAUGCUUAUGAUUUUCUUAUAUGUGGAUCAUACCAUAUCCCUGGUUGAAUGCCUCACCCAAUUUUUUAUUUUUGCUUUUAGUGCCACCACAGAAUGUUUCCUCUUGGUGGUGAUGGCCUAUGACCGCUAUGUAGCCAUAUGCAACCCCUUGCUUUAUCCAGUGGUGAUGUCCAAUAGACUCUGCACUUGGUUGAUAAGUGUGUCAUAUGUACUUGGUUUUCUGCAUCCUAUGAUUCAUGUGGGAUUGUUAUUUAGAUUAUCUUUCUGCAGGUCCAAUAUAAUACAUCAUUUCUACUGUGAAAUCAUGCCACUUUUUACAAUUUCUUGCACUGACCCAUCUAUUAAUACAUUGAUGGUUUUUGUUUUGGGCACUUUUAUACAAACUUUUACUUUUGUAACAAUUACAGUCUCUUACACCAGUGUCCUCUUUGCCAUCCUGAAAAAGAAGUCUGAAAACAGCAGGAGAAAAGCCUUUUCCACGUGCAGUGCCCACCUGCUCUCUGUUUUCUUGUUCUAUGGCACCCUCUUUUUCACUUAUGUGUGUCCUGCGUCUGGCCCAGAGCAGUAUGAGAAUAAAAUGUAUUCACUGUUCUACACGAUAAUAAUUCCCCUGCUAAACCCUUUUAUUUAUAGCCUAAGGAACAAGGAAGUUUUAGGUGCACUUAGAAAAAUGGUAACGAAAUGA